AUGCCUAUCAGCCCACGCGAGGCUGAAGCAUAUGAGCUCCCUUCGCUUUCAGCUGAGUCCAGCUCCAAGCCUUAUGAAGACAUUGACGAGAUCUCUCAGGAAGAUGCUAGGCUACUUGGUACAUCCUCAGAAAUCAAACGAGGAACAACAGAUCCUGUUGAUCAUCCGGUAGUUUAUAUCAGGACGGUAGAGGAUGAAGAGGUGAUAGGGAAAGGGUCUAACAUUGAAGCUCUCAUAGCUCGUACUGUCCCUUCCACAGAUGAUCCAUCUCUGCCUACACUUACACUAAGAGUCCUCGUUCUCGGAUCGACCUUUUGUGUACUUGGAGCUUGUUCUUCAAUGGUAUUUUACUUCAAAUCCAAUGCACCUCAAUUCUCGCAGUAUUUUGUCAUUCUGGCGACAUAUCCUCUUGGACAUGUGUUGGCAAACGAAAAGAUGAUACCUAGAGGCAAGAGUAUACUGGGAUGGGAACUCAAUCCUGGGAAAUUCAGUAUCAAGGAAGCGAUCCUAGUCAGUGUUCUCAGCUCGAGUGGAUCUCAAGCUGCUUACGCGGCUGAUAUUCUCGCUAUCAUGGACUUGUACUAUGAUACACCAGUAGGAAGGGUCGCUUCUUUGAUACUGCUGUUGACCACACAAUGUAUCGGAUUCGGAUUAGCCGGUAUGCUGCAAAACCUACUCGUAUCACCUCCGGCGAUGUAUUGGCCUUCAACUCUCGUUACAGUCCAAUUAUUCACCACACUGUAUUCGUCUACCUCAUCGAGUCUCUCAGAUACCGCUCAAGCUCUAACUACGAAACGACUACGGAUCUUCAUGCUGAUAUUCCUCGUCACAUUCAUGUACCAAUUUCUUCCUUCACUUCUCUUCCCCACUCUCACCUCAGUAUCCGUACUGUGUUUGAUGAAUAACGAAUCAUGGUGGAUGAGGACCCUGGGAAGUGGUUAUUCAGGUCUGGGAAUUGCAGAUUGGAGCUUUGAUUGGAGUAGUAUAGGCUCUUCAGGCCCGCUUUAUACCCCUUAUUGGGCUCUUGGGAAUUACUUUGGUGGUUUAGCUGGAAUGAUCUGGGUCAUCAUGCCUCUGAUCUUGUUGACUAACUUUUGGUCCGCUCGGUCAUUUCCCUCACCUGUAUCUGCAGGCUUAUACAAUUCGACAUUCCAGAAGUUUGACGUUACGUCAAUCCUCAAACCUGAUUUAUCAUUAGAUGAAGUGGCGUGGGAGAGGAGCAAGCCCCUGUUACUCACACCGUACUUCGCGUUGACGUACGGAUUGAGUUUUGCUGCGUUGUCAAGCGUCCUCGUGCAUGUUUGGCUGUGGCAUAGAGAUGAGAUCAAAGAAGCGCUGUCAAAAAGGAGUAAUCAGAUGAACGAUGUACACAACAAGCUCAUGCGAUCCUAUCUUCCUGUUCCAACUUCUUGGUAUUUAGGAUUAUUAGCAGUAAACUUCGGAGCCGCAAUCAUUCUGGUCAAAACCACCCCUUUACAAAUGCCCAUCUGGGCUUUAAUGUUAGCACUGGCAAUCGCGACAGUUUUCUUGGUCCCUGUGGGUAUAAUAGCGGCCGUCAGUAACACUCAAAUUGGACUUAACGUCUUGACCGAAUUUGUGGCGGGUAUAUUGAUGCCUGGCAAGCCUAUCGGCAACGUCACAUUCAAGUGUUAUGGCUAUAUGGCGAUGUCACAAGCUCUAGGUCUCACCGCUGAUCUGAAGCUCGGCUGGUACACCUCAAUACCACCUAGGGAAAUGUUCGCUUCACAGAUCUUGGGCACGGUACUUGGCGCACUAGCAAACUACAUCACCCUAGAAUCAGUGCUGGAAUCAAAACGUUCUUUCUUGAACGGAUCCGUUGUAGACCCAACAGGUCAAUGGACAGGCAGAUCACCUGCGAUCUUCUACUCAGCAUCGAUAAUAUGGGGUGCGGUAGCUCCGGCUCGAUUCUUUAGUGGUGGGUAUGAAGGGUUAUACCUCGGUUUCUUGUUGGGUGCAAUCGUACCCGUAGCUUGUUGGUGGGGACAUAGACGAUGGCCUGGAUAUAAAUUGAACAAGGUCGUUUUCCCCAUCAUAUGUAGUGGAGCAACUAUCGUUCCUCAAUAUCCAACAAAUAUCAUCUUAACCUCCCUCAUAGUUGCCAUCUUGUCAAAUUCAUAUUUCGCCAAGAAGUACCCUAAAACACACGGAAAAUACAUUUACGUGAUUUCGUCUGCCUUGGAUGCAGGAACCUCGAUAACGGCUUUGACCAUUUAUGUUUUGUUUGGGGGCGUUUUCUGGACUUGGGAUGGACCUGAAUGGUGGGGUAAUGCUAGAGGUGACACAGAACAUUGUGUACCGGGUACUUAG